CUGUCGUCGUGGUGAUUCAUAUAUUGUUUUGGGUGUGUUUUGACUGCGGAAAUUGUCCCUGUUUUCCACGCUUUCCCCGCGGAAGUCACCACUAAAAGUGCCGAGAUGAAUCUCCUGGUGUACUUCCUCACCUUCCUGGCGGCCUUCCGAACAGUUUCCAGCAUCCGGUGCUAUGUGUGCAAUGCCACAGACACCUCGUCGCCCUUCCAGUGCGGGGAGCUCUUUGAGCGCUACGACACGCCCGAUAUCGAGCCGCAGGACUGCUCGGACGUGCACGGGGCGCAGUACUGCGUGAAGCACAUCGGCAGAUUCGAAGGCGGGAGCAUUUCCUGCUAUCAGUGCAAUUCCGGAGAGACGAUGGACUGCUCUGACCUGCUCAUAAACAUGCCAGACUCGCCCAUCAAGCCUGAGCCUUGCGACUCCGUAAUCGACGCUCAGUUCUGCGUCAAAUCCACCGCUCUUUACGGUGGAAUCGGUGCCAAGCGCUUCUGCUCGUCCAAGGAUCUGGGCAACUACUGCAACUACGUGCAGAACGUGGGCGACAGAAUGGAGUACAGAUCGUGCAUCUUCACCUGCUCCACGGACGGCUGCAACUUCGCCAGCUCCUUGAGAUCGUCCCACGUCUUUGUCGCCAUCGGCGCAAUCUGUCUCGCCUUGCUGGUGUAGAUUCAAUGCCUAGAUAUUCUCAUCGAAAUUCCGUCCGCGUGGCUCUGCUGAGGCGGGAAAAUGUGAGCUCUGGCGUCAGUGAAAUUUCCACCAUUUGACCACCUUUUAUCUGGGCUUUCAUGCUCUUCUGACUGAUGUUGAGAUAAUUCUUGAAUUGCCUGCCAUUAGAAACUCUCUGAGAGGGGAAAAAAAAAACUUUCAUAUCGCGCACUAAAUUAGCACCUCGAGAGAUUGACUCGGAGAUGAAGAAAUUUCUCCUCCUCCCACAUAUUUGUUUUUCUUUUCACUUUCUUUAUAAAUAUGCCCUUCCACAGCGGUACAAGACAUUGCUUGUACGCUUGCUGAAGAGGCACUUUGGCAAUUUUGUUGAAUUAUUCAUAUCUUCAAGAGGUAAUGAAAGAAAACAAUGAAGUUUUUGACCUGUUUAACAUCACAAAUAUCGCAAAUAUCAUCUAUGAAUCGCUUUUUUCUCGAUCCUAGUCUGAGAAUCAUGGGAAAAAAGUGCAUGAAAAAUUGCGUCUUUGAGCGAAAGUCGCGAAGAAGCGCGCUUACAAAAUGACGAGUGGUCAAUUUGGUGAUCACUCAAGAACAAUUAAAGAGUCAAUUGGUUAUCAAAAUGCCGCGAUCACAGCGUUGUUGCGUGCGAAAUUUGCAGAGAAACUUUUUUUUGAGCAAAUCACACGAUCACUAAAAGAUCAUGGCGAAUAUGAAAGCAUCCGAAAAUCUAUCAUGCAAAGAAGUCUUAUGCAAAUGAUGUAUAUUAAAUGUAUUUACAGCAUCUGAGAAAGAGAGAGAGAAACAUGUUGCAAUUAGCCAUUAAUCUUUUUCGGUGAGCUGCUGCGGAUCAGCAGAAAGAUCAUAAAUUUGAGGCAAUUUCUUGGGUAAUUUUUGUGAAAAGCACUGAUUGACUUGAGAUGAUCUCUUUUGAGAAAUCUCACACAGAAGAUCACACUCUGGGCUAAGUGAUCAGCGCGUAUGAUCGUGUGAAGAAAGGCUUUCUCCGUGAAAUUUCUCGGUUUGUGUCGCUGUGCGGCGCAAGAAAAGGUGAAGAUGUAGAAUAAGAAAUGGCAAUUUCAUAGACAAAUCUCAACCAUUUGAAAAUCACUGAAUCUCAACUCCGUUUUGCGGAUAUUACGUCAGGGAAAUUGGUGUGAAAUCAAAGUGAAAUGCUCGCGCGCACUAAUGCAUUUUGGGUGAGGCGUUGAAAAUUCACUUUGAUCCGAAGAAUUUCUCAUUUGGCCGCGCACAAUGAAUAAAAUAUAAUUCAAUUAAAUUUCUGACCAAUGCGGUUUUUGCCGUGAAUUUUUCGUGGCAAAGAUUGCGAUCUGUUUAUUUUUUUCUCACCGGAUUGUUCUCACAAUCAAGGUCGCGCGAGUUCACAAAUGAUAUAUUGUCCGCAGCGACUUUCUCACAACAAUACCGAAUAUUGUUGGGUGGAUUUUUCUCGCUGUGCCAGCACACAUUUUGCCUUGUCCACACAGAGUUGUGUAUCAACAGAAACUCCGUCCAAAGUAGAUU